GGAAUUAGGGCAAUUUCCCUUGCUGAUUUCUGUGUCAAAUCUGCACUGUUAGGACAAGUUUGCAGGAAAACAAGCCUGGAUUCAACAGAAUCUUAUAAAACAACAUUGAACCACUGCACAGCACAAAUAAAAAUUUUCAUGUGAACGGUGAUGCUAAGUUGAGGGAUUUCUAAAAUGUGAUGUUGAUACUGCAGGUUAAGCCCCCUUUCAAGCCAGUGGUAAAGUCUGACACCGAUGUUUCUAAUUUUGAUGAAGACUUCACCAGUGAACCAGUCAAACUGUCACCCACUGAAGGUAAGGCAACCGAUCAUAAAGAUUAAGCUCCCAAUAUCCAUAUAUAAAUAUUAUUCUCUAGACUGAUCUUCACACAUUUCUUUAAAGAAUCAGUCAAGAGAAUUUGACAAAAGAUCAAAGCGUUUUCCCUUUAAUGGUCAUGAUAUUCUUUCUCAUAAUGAUGCAUAGAUGUUGUUAGGAGAAAACUGAUGUUGGUCACUCUUGGAAGAACAACUCUUCAUGACCAGCUGUCUGUUGACUGCUGCCCAAAUUAUCAAAGAUAAUUGAUCAGUUGUCAGGUGAUUGGCGAACAAUGGUUUUCUGAGUGUGCUUAAUAAUACCUAAACCAACUGUUGGUUAAACUUGGUGAUCUGUAAAUGUAGUGCACCUUAAUACUUCCAUCAUUCUUUUUCUGCUACGGGAUUACGGCUGUUUUUUACACACUUUGAUCUUUUUUCGCUUGGUUUAAAAGUCAUAAUGACAUUAACCUUUUGUGGCAAGCAUGUGAAAGUGUGGCCCAUUUUGUGGCCAUUUAUGGCAAAUAUCAGUGUUUGAAUCUGAGUCAUGCAGUAUUUUAGGCUUUUUGUUCUGCAAUUGCAUAAAUUGACAUCCGAUCUGAGAUUCAUCUGUAUAAACUGGUUUGCAGGUAACCUGGCUGAGAUUGCUGAAGAGGAUGAAGCUAAUUUUAAUCAGUUUUCAUACACGCCUGAGAAUGGAGAAAGCUUGAAGUCAUAACAGAGACAUUACACUUUGCAGUUAGCACAAAAACUUUGGUACAAGCAAGAUUAGUUUGUCGCAGUACAGUACAUGCCUUCCCUUUGUUGCUAUAAAAAAGGCAGAUGUGAAAAUAUGUUAAAAACAAAACAAAAAGAGUAAAAAACCAAAAUCAAGGAUGAAGCUUAGCAGAAAGGUUCUCAGUUUCUCAGUAUUGAUCACAGUUUUUCAUUUCUUGAGUGUUAGAUCCUAUUUAUACAGCAUACCAAUGACUGGCAUAAAUUUACUGUAGGUUUUUUUUUUUUUCUGAGAGCUAACUCUCAAGGCAUGAAAGAAGAUAUUUUUUGCUUUCUUUAUAGCUAGAUGCACUUUUUUCAUGAAAAAAAAGUUUAAAUCAGCCAGCAGUGGAGCUUCAUAGUUAACAUCAAUGUUGCUACCCUGCUCCCUUUGUUUGAAUUCUGGUUUAACGCUUGCUCACUUCAAACAAUGGAAGGAGACUGUAGCCCGCAUUCUUAAAUCACAGUUUUGACGCUCUACAUAGCAGUACAAGUCAGAAGAAUAGGUUUCAGUUGGUUAAAAAUUCCAUAAAUUUUCUAUGAAAAAUUUUAUUAGACUAUUAUAUUACUAUGUCAUUGUCACUUAUCUAUAAUUAAGUAAAAAUGGCCUGCACUGUUUUUUAUAAAUUAUAAGAAAAAGUAAUGAUUAAAAUAUUACUUCAUAUUUAGGUAGUCAAUGUAACAUAGAGGAGUGUUUGUAUUUACAAAUUUGCAAUGAUUACAGACAGUAGGAUGAUUUAACUUGAAAUUAUUAUUAAUUUUCCUGUCACUUUUGUUAGUGUUAACAAAUCACAAAACAAACACAGGCAACACAAGUGAUUUAUUUUUACUACAUGUAGCUACCAGGAAAUAAGAAGUUUUGGUUUCUGUUCUGAUUUUUCAAUAAUAAAUGGCAUGAUCCAAUCCAGAAAUAACUUUGACACUAGAUGAAGAACUCUCUUAUCACAGGUUAAUAAUUAACAUUCCACAUCACUGAAUAAUUACAAUAAUUGGGCUUGAACAUCAAUUUUAAAGUGACAGUUAUUUAACUGGAUUUUUAGCUUGAGUCAUUAAACUGUCCAAUAAAGUUGAGUUAGUGAUUAUAACUUGUGAAAUGAUCUUUCUAAUAUCCAUGAUUUAUUUCAGGAAUCAGCUCAAACUUUUUUAUACAGUACUACUACAGUUUUGAUGACAAUAGUUGACUGUAUUUUCUACAAAAAAAUACCGUUCAUGUAAAUAAUUUUUUGAUUUACAAACUAGGAAUUUUGUUGUUACGCUCUAGCUUUCAUUAGCAUUUUUGAAGUAAUAAAAUGCAACAGUGUGAUCAAAAUUAUGUUGUUGUUUUUUUAAUAUAUUCAAAUAAACAACUGCCUUGUAAAAAAGAGUCUUUUUACUGUAGGUGACAGCUCUUGUACAACCAGCCAUUAAUAAUACUGCUUAAUAAGGACACCCAUAUAUAACAGACACUCUUCGUUUCUCCCAAAGAAAAGGUGAUAUAUUUUCUCUAAAAUUAA